UUUAAAAACAUGGUUGUUUGUAGUAAAGGCUGUCUAUCGCUGAUCAUCCUCACAGUUAUUUUGUGUUCGUCAUGGUUUGUUGCUGUACUACUGGACUAUUAUACAGGGCACGGCCAACCGCUCAAGCAACACAGAAAUACAAAUUCAGCUCCAUUUCCGAGCGACAAGAUGGAGAAUAUUUUCUGGUUCGUUCAGAUCUCUGACAUUCACAUAAGCAAAUACCGGGAUAAUCAAAGAAUAAAGGAUUUGAAGAAAUUUUGCUAUGAAAAUAUAAAUGUGAUCAAGCCGGUUACUGUCCUGGCCACAGGUGACUUGACAGAUGCAAAAGAUGUCCACAAACUUGGCUCGAAACAGUAUAAAGAAGAGUGGGAAGAGUACUAUAAUGUGCUAAAGGAAACAAAAGUUGAAGACAGGACUAAAUGGUUAGACUUGAGAGGAAACCAUGAUACAUUCAGUGUUCCCUCAUAUACAAGCAAAGAGAACUUCUUCAAAGAUUAUUCAUCCAGUGGCCCAGAUAGAGAAAGAGGUACCAUGAUGCCAUACCAGUUUGUAUAUAGUACCAAGUUCGGUUCUUAUGCAUUUAAUGGUAUUGAUAUGAACCCAAAUCCGGGUCCAAGGAGACCUUUUAAUUUCUUUGGUCAUGUGGAGCAGGAACGCAUUACUGCAAUGGAGAGGUUAGCUGCUGCUAGCAAAUCGUUUAAUAUGACAGUUUGGUUUGGACACCAUCCUUUUUCAGUCACAACAACUCCUUCUGUUCGAAGGAUUUUAAGGACUGGGGGAGUUUACUUGUGUGGUCAUCUUCACACUCUGCUGGAAACUUUUCCCAAGAUGCAUGCUUUUCACACAGAUGGUCACAUUGAGCUGGAACUCGGGGACUGGCUUGACACCAGAAAUUACAGGGUAAUGGCUAUAGAUCAUGACAUUUUCUCCUUUGUUGAUGUUCGUCUGAACAAGUGGCCUGUUGUACUCAUAACCAAUCCAAAAGAUGCGCAUUACAUUAUGCCAUCCCAUGAACCUCUUGGAAGAAUAAGAAAGUCUACUCACAUAAGGUUUUUGGCUUUCUCUCCUGUACCUAUCGUAUCUGCCACUGUUGAAAUUGAUGGGAAACCCCUCAGCUUACAAGUUACUCACGUUAAAGGAGCAUUGUACGCUUGCCGCUGGGAUCCUGAGGACUUUUCAUCUGGUAUUCAUUCCAUCACUGUGAGAGUUCAAGAUUCUGAUGGCCGAUCAAGUGAGAGGAAGCAGCUUUUCUCAGUGGAUGGAUCCCGUCCAACACUGGAUCUUAUCCCAGCAUUUCUUCUGUUGACUGACUUUGUUACUUUGGGCCGUGUUGUGUACUGUGUGUUUUUUGUGACAAUCGUUUUAGGACUGGGGCUGGUGAGGCGCUGUGAUUCUUCCACAUGCAAAGGUUUUCUCUGUGGUGUAUUAGGAAGAUGGUGGAAUCGCCUAUGGCUUCUUGCUCACACCGAUGACCUUUUUUAUCCUUUAUUUUUGUUUGGCGUUUAUACUGGUUUUGGUCCCUGGGUCAUCGGCGAAAUGCUGCAAGGCCAUAUUGGCGCUCUGUUUGUUCAUGGGAUGUAUUUAAAACAGCACUGGAUCCCAGGCUCCCUGACUUAUUACUAUGGAAUUAUGCAGCUCUUCUUUUUAAACUUGCCGCUGACCCUUUACCUUGCUUAUUUUGUGGAGCUGAACAAUACUACAAGCAGCAAAGCCACAUCCAAGAAUCGUCCUCAGUCUCUUCACGGUUACGUGCUAAGUUCCCUGAAGAAAGGCUUGGGGCACUUUGUGUUUGUGUUCAUGUUCAUAUGGCAAGCUUCAUCAAGUUAUAAUCUGAUUUAUACCUACGGUGCAAUGUCGUUCCUGUUAAGUCCAGCAAAGAGUUGGUCUCUUACACUAGUGUUAUAUUUGUUCUGGCGAGUCCACAGACCUAGACUGAGAUAACGUAUUUAUGGACCAUACGGUCAAUCUAUAAGUCGCUUAAAGCACACUAAGAGUUAAAUCUGAAUCUGUGAGGCAAUGGGGCAAUUGAAUUAUUAAAUAAAUUAAAGACUUUUUGAGAGUAGGCUAUUUAAUACUAAUAGCUGUUGAAAUUUUGAAUUAAUCGAAACAAUGUGCAAUUGUUCAUUUUUCUUUAGUUUCAGAUCGAAAUGAAAAUUGAAAGUACAGUUGAUGUCCUUUUUGAACCAAUCGGAUAUUUAUUUACACGUUAGUCCAUAAAUUGCAUUAUUCAAGUUGACAUUAAUCGCCGGGGACAUAGGGUAGGGUAGGAGGGGUGUUUAAUUUAGUUCAAGUAGCAGUCAGACAAAGAUCGAUAUCCGUAUUGAUUUUGACUCCAACUCUGCUUACCUCGUGAUCGGUGAACUAAAUUCAAAUGUUGUAUUCAAGUCUGUUUAUCGACUUGUUGUCAAGACAUUUACGAUUUAGGUCAGGUAUCUGUCAGACAGAGAUUGAUAUCGGUAUUGACUUCGACUUCAACUCUGCUUACAUCGUGAUCGGUUAACUAAAUUCAAGUCUGUUUAUCGACUUGUCAAGACAUUUACGAUUUAGGUCAGGUAUCUGUCAGACAGAGAUUGAUAUCGGUAUUGAUUUCGACUUCAACUCUGCUUACAUCGUGAUCGGUUAACUAAAUUCAAGUCUGUUUAUCGACUUGUAGUCAAGAAAUUAACUACCGAUCACCAAAAGGGGAAGAAGGCUAUCGACCUCGUUCUUAGGGCCUUUUCCCUUAGUUCGGGGUGGGACGGGUAAAGGCCCUGGGAACGAGGUCGGAGGGGUAUGUAGAGUGAAAUGCUAUCUAUGAAGGAUUCUUAACUUGCAAUUAUGAUUCUAGAACUUCAUAUUUCAUAUGUUGUUUCAGCCUUUAGACAAACCCUAUUCCACUUUUGAUUUAUCUCAUUUCGAAUUAUCAUGCGCUCAAGUACCUUAUGGUUUUUUCUGACAUCACAUGUAAAUUUUUUUAUUAGCUUAACUUAAUACUUAUUCAGACGUGGUUCUGACUUUUGAAAUGAUGAUAAAUAAAUUUGAUUAACUUCUUAAAGGGU